ACCACCACGAGCUCCCUCCACCCUCCUCGCAUUUCCCACCCAACCUUCUGGAGCAAGCUCAGAGAGACCUCCAGAGCAACAGACCAGUUGCGACUUGCGAGCAGUGCAGUAGCAGUACAAAUGGCUAGCCGCCGCGGCAGCUUCUUGUCACUGCCAAGGCAGCUCCUCCUCAUGGCGGCGGUUCUUGGCACCGUCGUCCUUCUCGGCGAGGGCGCGACGGCCAGGCCGCUGCUGGGCAUCGCCGAGCCACCGGCCUCGCCAGGCGCCGCGGCGGCGGCGCCGGGACCGGGGGUCGCCGCGCAGGCUGCGGAGGCAGGCGGCGGCAGGGCCCCCGACCGCUCGGAGGCCGGCGUGGAAGUGAUCCUCGCCGGGUUCGCGGCGGCGGUGGCCGUUGUCAUCGUCUGCUACAUCCGGGUCACCAGGGAGAGCAAGAACGGCAGCGGCAGUGUGGGAGAGAAGCGCGGAAGCUUGGGAGGGUUCUGAGCUCGCUCGCUCUGUCUAGUGUGGGCAGAUGUAGAUGUACCAGCGAGUAGGCACUUCUUGUAAAUGAAAUGAGGUGUAGGGAGUGAGAUGAGAAGAAGCGUCGUGUUUGUCGAACUCUUAAUCAAUCUUUAGGAAA